AUCGGGGGCAUUUUAGAGAUAAUGUAAUAAUAUACCUUCUCUGAUUGAAUAAUAUCAAAGCCCUUACCCCCUCUCUAUCUCUUUAUCUCGCCUCUCACCUACCUUUAUCCCACCUCUGGUCAUCCACACUCCUUAAUGUCCAGAUCGUUGACGAUGAAUCGAAGAAACAAUAGAAUGACGACGUUUAGAUCGACAAAUCGAGUAUAUUCCUCUCAUGUCGUCUCAAUCAUCUCCAGUAUCCCUUCGACGAAUGAUCUGCAAUUGCGAACGACGUUUACUGUGGCCGAUCUAUUUUUAACAUUUGAAAAAUCAGUUGUUGUUGAUCUUCAACUUUUUAGGAAGUCUUCCUUAUUUGGAACUUAUCAAUGUGAUUUAAUGCUUUACAAGGGUUUAUACCAUGAAUUUCAGAGCCUCCUCCCAAAAUUUUCUAAUAAUUGCAAGAGAAAAUUUUGGCAUAAAAAAGGUUUGUAUAGAUGUCAACAAAAACGGUUUGACCUAAAAAGAGCUGCUCCAAGAGACAUCUCAUCACAAUACAAAAGUUUGCAAAGGGUAAUGGCGGAAGAUUCCCUUGUAAUGGUUGUAUUGCCACAAAAUGGAAUGAAUUUGAGCAUGAACAUUGCAAAUCAUGAACCUAAAUUGGAUACAACAAAUCAUGUCUAUAAAAUUUGGAUGAAGUUGUGA